CUUCAAAAUGUGUAUCUAUAACGUUUUUCGGCAGUGCGGGAGCCGGGAAUGCUUUUGGCAGCUCUUCAUCGGUCCAAGCUCAAACGGCUACUUCUACCUCCUUUGUCCACAAUCCAAACUAGCACCCUUUCUUUCUUAUCAUCCCCCACUACCCUCAAGCGGCGCCGCCACUCUCUUCUUCCCCUCGCCAACACAUUCUCAACCAGCCAUGUCUACAGAGACAACCUCAACAUCGCUGCUCUCGCGCGUGCUGGCAAUGUCCACGCCGCCCGCCAGCUGUUCGACAAAAUGCCCGCAAGGGACUCCGUCACGUGGAACUCAAUGCUCACGUGCUACUGGCAGAACGGCCUUCUAGACCAUUCCAGAGCGCUCUUCCACGCCAUGCCCGCCGACAUCAAGACUGUCGUUUCAUGGAACACCAUGAUCGCUGGGUGCGUCCAAAACGACAUGCUCGAUGACGCGUUUCGCUACUUCACUGAAAUGCCGGAGAAGAAUGCAGCAUCGUACAAUGCCAUGAUUUCGGGCUUCACGAGGUUCGGUCGCAUGCGGGAAGCGCAAACGGUGUUCGAUGAAAUGCCUCGUCGGAAUGUGGUGUCUUACACCGCCAUGAUUGACGGGUACGCGAAUAUGGGUGGGGAUGGCGGGAUUGCGCUCGCAAAGGAGCUGUUCGAAGUGAUGCCCCAAAGGAACGAGGUUUCGUGGACGGUCAUGAUCAGUGGGCUCGUGGAAAAUGGGUUGUCUGAGGAGGCGUGGGAACUGUUUCAGAGAAUGCCAGAGCGGAAUGUUGUUGCUACAACUGCCAUGAUCACGGGCUUCUGCAAGGAGGGGAAGGUGGAUAAUGCCAGAGCCUUGUUCGAAGAAAUUCGAUGCAAAGAUCGUGUUUCCUGGAAUAUAAUGGUAACAGGUUAUGCUCAAAAUGGGAGAGGGGAAGAGGCAUUGAUUUUAUUUUUACAAAUGUUGAGGAGUGGUACGCAACCGGAUGAAGUAACUUUUGUUUCACUUUUAACUGCCUGUGCUAACCUUGCUUCACUUGAGGAAGGGACACAGGUGUAUGCUCUUGUAAUUAAGCAUGGUUAUGAUUCAGAUUUGUCUGUGAGCAACGCCUUGGUUACGAUGUACAGCAAAUGUGGUGGAAUUGUUGAUUCCAUGUUAGCUUUUGGACAAAUUUCCCAUCCAGAUGUUGUUUCAUGGAAUACUAUCAUUGCUGCGUUUGCGCAACAUGGUCUCUAUGUUAAAGCACAAUCCUACUUCGACCAGAUGAUAAUGCUUGGCAUUCAACCUGAUGCCUUGACAUUUUUGAAUUUGCUAGCUGCCUGCUGUCGUGCAGGGAGGGUGGAUGAGAGCGUGAAUCUGUUUCAUUUAAUGGUCCAUGAUUACGGUAUUCCACCAAGAUCUGAACACUAUACUUGCUUAGUUGAUGUUAUGAGUCGAGCUGGUCAGUUGCAGAGAGCUUACAAAAUGAUCCAGGAGAUGCCGGUGGAGGCAGAUUCAAGCAUAUGGGGUGCUUUUCUUGUGGCCUGUAGUGUUCAUUCAAAUGUGAAAUUGGGAGAACUAGCAGCUAGUAAAAUUUUGAAUCUGGACCCUUAUAAUUCUGGUGCUUAUGUUAUGUUGUCCAAUAUAUAUGCUGCUGCUGGCAUGUGGAAGGAUGUAAAUCGAGUCAGGGUUUUGAUGAAAGAGCGAGGAGUUAAGAAACAAAAAGCUUAUAGUUGGAUGCAGAUUAAGAACCGAAUCCAUUGUUUCGUUGGAGGGGAUCCAUCUCAUCCAAAUAUUAGCGAUAUUCAUUUUGCUUUAAGAAUGAUUGCCUUACAUAUGAAGGUGAAGGGUGAUACUGGAGACAAUUUCUUUUAAGAGGCUGUCAAAAUUAUUCAGUCCCUUAGACAACAGAAAGACAUAGAAUUGUUAUUGGGCGCAAAGAGGAGGCAAAGGAGAUGUUCAACUUUUAGAAUUCAGCACAUUUCAAGGUGCAGUGAAAAUCUGAAGUAUUGGCGUUUGUCAUCACUGGUGAAUUGAUUUGGUCCAUAACAAGGAUGCUUUCCUGCCAUAAUUUCAUGUAUACUAUAUUGAUAGAAUGCGGCCUUUUCCUUGGAGAUCAGUUAAAAGGUACUCUCACAACCCCCAAUUGUAACACUGUUUAAAACUGUCAUGCUAUAUAUAUGUUUUAAAAAAAUGAUCGUUGAAUGGAUAGAAUUAAUAAUGCACAUGCACUCCA